AGCCUUUAAGCAUGCGUUGAUGACAUCACGAAGUGCCCCUUCUUUGUGUGUCAGUGAUGUCACCAAAUGCAGUGUGGGGGACAAUGGAAUCCUGAACUCCGGGCGAGGGCGAGUGGGAAGCGGCUGCUCCUGCUGCUGGUUCAGAGCUGAGUCGAGAGGAAGGGAGGACACAGCUGCUGCUUUGGGGCUGAAACAGACAGAGAAAGAGACAAGCACGCCUAAGAAGAAGGAAAGCAAAGUCAGCAUGAGUAAAAACUCUAAGCUGCUAUCUACCAGUGCCAAGAGGAUUCAGAAGGAAUUGGCUGACAUCACCUUAGAUCCACCUCCCAACUGCAGUGCUGGCCCCAAAGGUGACAACAUCUACGAAUGGAGAUCAACUAUUCUAGGACCUCCAGGUUCAGUCUAUGAGGGAGGUGUUUUCUUCCUUGACAUCACAUUUACACCAGAAUACCCUUUCAAGCCUCCAAAGGUAACAUUCCGGACAAGGAUCUACCACUGUAACAUUAACAGCCAAGGCGUCAUCUGCCUGGACAUUUUAAAAGACAACUGGAGUCCAGCAUUAACCAUUUCUAAAGUUCUUCUCUCCAUCUGCUCCCUCCUCACAGACUGCAACCCGGCUGACCCCCUGGUUGGAAGCAUUGCCACUCAGUAUAUGACUAACAGAGCAGAGCAUGACAGAAUGGCCAGACAAUGGACCAAAAGAUACGCUACAUAAAUUGGAUUUUCGUCAAACUCUUACAUUAUUCGUCUGUGAUGGAAAGAGCUGCUUAUGAAUUUGAAGGGGUGGGGGGUGGGAGGGUGCUGGUAAAGAGUAGGGUAUUUCUAUAACAGAUUUUAUUCAGUCUUUUAUUUCCUAAGAUUUUGUUGUUGUAACUUAAGGUAUCUUGCUACAGUAGACAGCUAGGAUUGGGAAUAGCAUACUUUAAGACUGUAAUUAGUUCAGCAAUAUUAGCUCACAUAUAGUACCGAGAAGAAUGUAAACUUCUUAGACUUCUUUGGUUUUCAGUUUGCUUGCAAUAUGUAAAAGAUUAAAACAGCUUAAUUUUGUACAGGUACAUAGGUUGACGUUUAUGUAAAAGUCCUUUCAAGACUCUACACACUGUUUUUGCUUUUUGUUUGUUUUGGGUUUGGGGGAUUUAUUUUGUUCUGGGUUGGUUUUGGUUUUGGGUUUUUGUUUUGUAAAAAGAUGUCAGCAUUGUUUUCCCCUAUGGGAGGUCACAUUGGUAUUUAACAAAACCUUUUUAAAGACUGUCAUCUCAUGAUCUGUGAUAUGGAGAGGUGGAUAUAUGGCCUCAUAUAUGAAAGGAGAAGUAGUUAAUGUAUUAUUUUAUAAGCCAAUCUAUCUUUGUGAAAAGAAUAAAGGGUUUAAUCAGGACUUAUGGUAACCUGUAGUGAAAUACCUUAAGCUGUUUAACUGUAAGGUGUGGAAUAGGAGUCACUCAGUGGAUUGGUUGUAUGUUGUGGGCUACUUAAGUCUGCAUUUGUUACUGUGCUAAUAAAAAGAUGUUUAAAAAAAAAAAAAAAG